AUGAACUUGAUGUUAAGAAAGUAAUUUAGAGAGAAGUAAUAAAAAUAUGAAGAACUAAAUACAGUUAAAAACUUUAGGUUAUCUAUGGAAGAAUUAGCAAAGUCAGAAAUUUUAUAUAGUUAAAAAUUAAAAAUUUAGCAAUUUAGCAAGAAAUUAAAGAAGUCAAAUUUUAUGAAUCCAAUAGUAGAAAAUAAUAGAAGGCAAAAUGAUCAGAAAUUAUGA